GCAUUUUAAAUGUCUACUGCGCCAGUGAAAUAAAUAAACCCACUAAACUAACGACAACAAAACAAAUUGCUGAUGACACAACAACAACAACGAAUACAGCAGCAGCAACAGCCGCCGCAUCUGCACCAGUUGCAGCAAUUGCAUUAACAAAUGACGCUACCAAAGAUAAAAGAGAAACAAAAGACACAAAAGAUGCAUCCACUGUCUAUGCAAAUCAUCGAUCAGAUACAGCAACCGCCAUUGUCCAUAGAAACACUAAUGCAAAUGACGAUGAUCCCGAAAGUCCACAAGAAACGGUUUACGGAACAAAUGCCCGACAAUUUCUAAUAAGACCACAGCAACAACAUUUGCAACAGCAGCAGCAACAAAAUGAAGAAGAACAACUGCCACCACAAUUGAGAAAUUAUCCGGCCACCAUAAGGCCUCACAAUACACAGCUACUGGAACAAAGUCAGGAGAUUCAACACUUUGCCUAUCUCCAGGACUUAAACCGACAUCAACAUAAAGUAUCAAAUCAAGGUAAAUCUCAAGCGGCUCAAAAUAAAAAGUCUGCAGCCGCUAGUUUACGUGCCCAAGCCCAAACAACGCAAGUAGAAGAAACUGAACAACGUUAUGCCGUAGCAGUAGAACAACCAAUACCUCUACAUCCAAGAGGUCAUCUGUAUAGACAACAAAUACCCUAUCAUUUAGCAGUACAACAACAACAACAGCAGCAGCAACAACAACAACAGCAGCAGCAACAACAACAACAGCAAGCUACUGAACAGCAAAAUCCUCAUCAGGCACAAUAUCAAAUUAUUCCCGAAGAACAAUUUCUGAAAAUACUCGAAGAAGAAUUACAAGCUCGAGCUUAUCAUGAAGAUCAAGUGAGAAGACAUCAGGCUGUGCAACAGCAAAGUCAACAACGUCACCAGGAACGUCAUCAACAACAACAGCAGCAACAACAACAAGCUGCAGCUGCCGCUGGAGCAGCUUCACAAAAGGUGGGUUUGCAAGCGCAAGGUUUAGGAAGUUAUAGACAAAGAUUAGAGGCUGAGGAAGAUGGCCAGCAGGAAUAUGUUCAAUAUGUACAAAGACCUAGAGGAGGACCCAAAUACUUGCCCUUACCGCAAGGAGGACCUAGAGAUGAACAACAACAACAAGAGCUAGCAGCAUCACCACAACCCUUACCACCACAAAUUGCCUACUAUCAACCUCAAAUUAGCUAUAAAACAUUACCCAAUCAUCCUUUGGCCAAAUCUUCUUUGGAAAAAGAAAUUGAAAUGCUGUUGGCCUCCAACAAACCCAAUGUGGCUCCCGUACAGAUUAUAGACAAUUCAAAUGAACCCUCAGCAUUAGUUAAUCAUCAUCAUCGAGCCCCAGGACCAGCUCCACCACCGCCACAACCUUCAGUCAGAACUCCCAAAUCAUAUCUGCCAAGUACGGCUGCUCCCAAUAGUCUUGUCGAUGCCAACGAACAACCGUUUGUACCCUCUCUGUUUCGUUAUAACAACUAUCCACAGCCCACACAAAAUUAUCCCGUCCCAGUGCCACAGCAAGUAAUCGAUGCUAAAAAACUGGGUCCAGUAGUUUAUCCACAACAAGCUCAGGGUCCUACACCCUCCGCCCAGCCACCUGUACAAGCUUCACAGUUUUAUUACCAUGAUGCAGCACCUUCACCCUCACCAAGACCCAAAGCAUAUCGCUCGAAAUAUGGCACUAAAUUUGUCACAACUCCCACGCCACUAAAGGCUCGUCAAAAUGAAAUUAACUAUCCAGCGCAUAAAUAUGCACAACAACUCUAUGAACCCUCACCCUCGGUGGCUUCAGCACCCACACAUUUCUAUCCUAGUCCUCCCGACCCACACAGAAGUUUGCAACCUACAGCACAACCAACACCAGCAGCCAUUGCAAAAUACUCCGCACCACCAACUGAUUUAAGACAAUAUGCUUUACCCGGUCCUUCCACUUCACAAUCAAGUAUUUACGUAUCGCAAGGAACAGGAGUAGCUACACCCUCUCGUCCCGUUAGCACUGUUAAACCCAAAACAUUAGAUGACUUGAAACAAUUACAUUUACCCCAACCAGGAGGUAAACCACUAACACAGGCACAAUUCCAGGCAUUAGUAGAUGCUGGCUAUCCAGUAACCGCUGUACCCGUACCAAUUCCCGUUCCAUAUGAACAAUACGUCAAAGAUCACCCCGACUAUCGUAAUCAACCACCACCACAACCUCCAGCAUUACCUGUUAACUAUGAACACCUAAUGCGUUUUGCUCAAUUGCAACAAAAUCAUCAAGUUCCUCAAUACGGUGGUCCUCAACGACCCCUACAUCAACGUGCUCUUGUGGCACGGCCAUCAGAGCCAUCACCGAAAAUUGUAUCCUCGGCCUCAGAACCACAAACUGCUACGGCAAUUGGUGGUGGCAGUGUAACGUAUUUGCGAGCAAUACCCGAAAAUCAAAAACGACGUCCACGAGAUGAAACCGAAACGAAAGUGCUAGGCGCCAAGGAAGAGAGAAGGAUGAAGUAGAAACGAAAGUCGAAGUCGAAGAAAAGAAAACGAAAUAGUAGUAAAAGGAGCAUAUAUGUAUACACACAUACUAUAUA